UCAAUAUAAAUACUUCCAACAUUUCUUCUUCUUCUUCUUCUUGUGAACUCAAAACCAAACUUUGUCCUUUAUAUUCUAAGCUUUAUCUUCCUUCUUUCUUCCUUAUUUAGCAUCCACAACUCCAAAACACAAACAUUCCUCUCUCUAAAACUUCAGAAAGAGAAACCCUGAAAAAGCAAAAAUAAAAAUAAAAAAGAGGAUGGAAAAAGUGAUAUUUUUGGUGUUUUUGAAUUUAUUGGGAAUUUUCUUGGUUUCAAUGGCAGAAGAUAAACUUAUGAGCCCUUCAAAAUUAAGAAUGUUUGUUGACAAACUUCCAGAUAUGCCAAGAAUAAAAGGUUAUGAUGUUAUCAAUGGUGUUCAUGUCCCUAAAUCACUCAAAAUUGGUAUGUACCACAAAAAAUGGAAAUUCCACAGGGAUCUUCCUGCAACUCCGGUAUUCGCAUAUGGUACAUCGAGGCACACAGCAACAGUCCCUGGUCCUACAAUCGAGGCCGUUAAUGGAGUUGAAACUUACAUUACGUGGCAAAAUUACCUCCCUUCAAAACAUAUACUUCCUUGGGAUCCAACAAUUCCAACUGCUACACCUUCUUCUAAGAAAGGAAUUCCAACAGUAGUGCACCUCCAUGGAGGAAUUGAUGAACCAGAAAGUGAUGGACACUCUGAAGCAUGGUUUACUAAUGGAUUCAAAAAUCGAGGACCGAAAUGGACUAAAAAAAAGUACCAUUAUCACAAUUUUCAACAUCCUGGAACCAUGUAUUACCAUGAUCACGCAAUGGGGUUGACUAGGGUAAACAUUCUUGCUGGUUUAAUGGGAGUCUAUGUUAUCCUUCAACCAAGUGUCGAGGGGCCACUGGGAUUGUUAUAUGGUGAAGAAUAUGAUCGUCCGUUGGUCGUAUUUGAUCGUGGUUUUCGAACAGACGGUUCGAUUUACAUGAAUUCUACUGGAAACAAUCCUUCAAUACAUCCUCAAUGGCAACCUGAAUAUUUUGGUGAUGCAAUUAUUGUCAAUGGCAAAGCAUGGCCUUACAUGGUGGUAAAACGAAGGAAGUAUCGUUUUAGGAUCAUCAAUGCAAGUAAUGCGAGGUUCUUUAAAUUUUUCUUCACCAAUAAUAUGACAUUUAUCCACGUGGCAUCUGAUUCAGCAUACCAUGAAGAACCGUUGGUGCUCCAUGACCUACUACUAGCUCCAUCUGAAAUAGCUGAUGUGAUUGUUGACUUUUCACAGUCAAAGUCAAAGUCGGCGAUCUUAGCCAAUGAUGCAGCAUACCCUUAUCCUUCUGGUGAUCCUGUUAACGAAGCUAAUAGUAAGAUCAUGAAGUUCAUUAUCGAACCACAUCACGUGGUAGAUACAAGUCGCAUUCCACGAAAAUUGAUGAAGUAUCAAUCCCUGAAUGUAUCCGAGGCUUCAAAUACAAGGUACAUAGCUUUUUACGAGUAUGCUAGUGACAUUGACGAGCCUACGCAUUUGUAUAUCAAUGGAAAAUCAUUCGAAGCACCAGUGACUGAGACGCCAAAAGUCGGGACCAGUGAGAUCUGGAACAUCAUCAAUCUAACGGAGGACAAUCACCCAUUACACAUCCAUUUAGGUAUGUUUGUUGUCUUGGAUCAAACAGAAUUGGUGAAUAAUGAAGAAUUUAAAGCUUGUAUGAUGAAGUUGAAUGAUGCAAUCAAGUGCCAAGUUAGCAAGUAUGCACAAGGUAAAAUGACAGAGGUGCCUGCUCAUGAAAAAGGGUGGAAAAAUGUGUACAAAAUGAUGCCAGGACAUGUUACAAGAAUACUUGUGAGAUUUUCUUAUAUUCAUUCGAAUGCUUCAUAUCCCUUUGAUGCAACAACAGAGCCUGGCUAUGUUUACCAUUGCCAUAUUCUAGAUCAUGAAGAUAAUGUCAUGAUGAGGCCUCUAAAGCUUAUCCAUUGAUAGGAAUGGCCUUUUCUUUUCUUAUUUUUGAUAAUAUAUUUGUGGGUGUUGAUGAGCUCAUAUGUAUAAACCAUUUACCAAUUUUAAUCGAGUGAAAAAUUAUGAAAUUGAUGCCAA